AGAUUAAUUAAAGAACGGGGCUGGGAGUUCAUGUGGAAUGAACGUCUCGGAUAUGUUCUGACCUGUCCUUCCAACCUGGGAACUGGUUUACGUGCUGGAGUCCAUGUUAAGCUGCCCAGGCUUAGCAAGGAUCCCAGGUUUCCAAAGAUCCUGGAGAACUUGCGCCUACAAAAGCGUGGCACUGGUGGAGUGGACACGGCAGCUGUAGCAGAUGUGUAUGAUAUCUCCAACCUGGACCGCAUGGGUCGCUCGGAGGUGGAGCUAGUCCAGAUUGUCAUUGACGGGGUCAAUUACCUAGUUGACUGCGAGAAGAAACUGGAAAGAGGUCAAGACAUCAAAGUGCCACCACCGUUGCCUCAGUUUGGCAGGAAGUGAUCUUGCUGCUGAUGGCUGGCAACUAAUGGAAAAUAUGGCUGCCGUUCAGACAGAAAGGCACCUCUGUAUAUCUCUGUAUAAAUAGCUUGUGUAAUAAAACACUACCUGA